AUGGCCUCCAGAUGGGGCAUCGGCCCCAAGCCUCCGUCCUCGCGCCACUCAGCGUGGCCGGAAUCCGCAGGCGAAUCCCGUCCGCGGAGCAGGUGGACAUCCCGCCGGACCACCGCUUCGGCCCAAUACGGGUGGACACCACCCCGCCACGACCACGGCCAACCGAAGCCGCCCGCGCGCCUGCCGACCAGGGCAAGCAGCCAGACGCGGACCAGGGGCCGCCGCCGUUGGUCCCGCUACAGCCACCACGGGCAGCGCCACAGACAACCGGCCCGUCGACGCGUCCACACGCUGGCCAGUUGCCUACGACGCCCACCGGCAACAAGGGGCAGUCGCCACGGGCAGUGCUCCAAGCAGCCGCCCCGUCAACGCGCCCGCACACCGGCCGGGCCGCCACAACAGCCUCAUCGCCACGGGCAGUGCUCCAAGCAGCCGCCCCGUCAACGCGCCCGCACACCGGCCGGGCCGCCACAACAGCCUCAUCACCACGGGCGACGCCGCGAGUUGCCCUCACCGCGACACGCGCCACGCACCGGCCCGACCUCUACAGCGCCUGGGACACAUACCGUCCAGGCCAUAGCCCCGCUGGUCCCGUCACGGGCUGUAGCGGCGCCAGAUCCAGACGCCGAGGUGGAAGCGGCGCUACGAGAGUGCCUAGGCGACCUUCCACCCGGCGUGCUGGAGGAGAUGGCCCAGGGAGCAGAGGGAUUGGAUCUGGAGGACCUCUUCGGAGAGUCUCCCGACGAGGACGGGGUAGAGCUCCCGAUGCGCCCCGUCUCCAACCCAUCCGCCAACGAGCCAAGGACCCCGUCACCGCAGUUCCUGCCGGAGUAUGAAGAGAUCUCCAGCGACGAGGGAGUAGAGCCCGAGAUCAUCCAGAUCUCGGACUCCGACGACGCCGAGCCAGACUUCAGGCCGCCGGGCACCCCGCCGCCGGCAUACGAGGAUAUCUUCGGGCCGGGCCCGUAUGCCACCAGCUGCCCAAUACCCACUUGUGCGGCCUCGACGCCCAGCCAGUCCCCGCCGACCACGUCGCGCGGGUACCACGCCGCCGCCGCUCCUCGCCGGACAGAUGGCCCCACGACAAGCCGACUCGUCGAUCUGACGACCAGCGAGGACUCCGCUAACGACGACUCCGCCAACGGGAGACCCGCCGUGUACGCCGCGGCAGUGGCCCGACGCCGAGCCGAGGAGCUGAGUGACGAGCUGGGCUCGUCUUCCGCCGGGCCAGUACAGCCAACAGACGCAGAGCCACGUUCAGCCAGGGAUCGGCCACCCACGCCGGCACCAGCGCGCCGAGGCCGCCGACGAAGCGCGCCCUGGGCAGAUAGUCCCAGCGGGUCCUCGUCCGAGGAGGAGCUACCACCCGAGCGCCAGGGUCACGCCCGCUGGCUACCGGUUCCUGACGGCUGGAGCACGCCCAACGGCACGCUACCCGCCGCGCUCAUCCGGAGGAUCCAGCAGAGACUCCUGAUCGCCAGACGGAGGGCCCGGCGCUACCUAGAGGAGGAGCAGGGCCAACGCUUCCGGGUGCAAUUGAAUCGAGACGACCACGUACGGGUCUUCCUGUACCCCACCCGGAAGUGA